ACUAGGUGUCUAAGCGUGUUGCUCACAUCAUCGUGUCUUAAAAUAGAGGUUAGGAUAGGUUGCAAUUCUUGUUGGAUGUGUUGGAAGGUUGGAACUUGGAUUUACAGUCAGUUGCAAAUUGACUGCGAGUUGGGACGAUUAUCAUUGCCUAUCACAUUUUAUACAGUUAUUGAUUCUGCGUGUGAACGAUUAUGGCGUCCAAAGUCACAUUCAGAAUAACUCUGACGUCCGAUCCUAAUCUGCCAUACAAAGUACUUAGCGUACCAGAAAAUACUCCCUUUACUGCCGUACUAAAAUUUGCCGCCGAGGAGUUUAGAGUGCCGCCAGCUACGUCGGCCAUAAUUACAGACGAUGGCAUAGGAAUUAAUCCUCAACAAACUGCAGGAAAUGUAUUUCUUAAGCAUGGCGCGGAACUUAGGUUGAUUCCCAGGGAUCGCGUUGGAUACACUAGAUGAUUUAUAUAAUAUCGUAUUUAUUUUUAUUGUGUUUUUGCAUAUUAAAAAAAUGAUUUUAAAAAAGAAAUUAUAGCCCGCGAUAUAUUAUAAAUUGCAUAUAUAUAUAUACAUACAUCACGCGAUUAUAAAAAGUUACUUAUUCACAAUAAAAACAUUCCACAUGCUUUCUGAACUAA